AUGGCAUUCGUUAUAGCAUCCGUAGUUUUCUUGUUGAUAGUAUCGACUAUUUUCGGGGCAUCCAUGGCUACGGUACAUCAGUUUUCAACUACAACCCUCAAUUUCAUAAUGUUCUACGAGUGUCAGCCCAAGAUUAUGCGACAUGCACAUCCUCAGCACCACUUUCCAGCUUCAACAGUGGAAGCGAUUCAAUCCCGCUUCCGGCCUUUGGAAAUUUUUACUUCAUCUGUAGCUUCCCAGGCAACUGCCAAGCUGGACAGAAAAUUUUUAUCAUGGUCCCAAGCAACCCUUCUACACCGGGCACAAACUUGGACUUCUGAUUAUUCUGGACUCGUUGCUAUUGGACUUCUACCUGCACUAAGAGAAAAAUUGGCAGGCGAGUAUUCAAUCAAUAUUCAACUGCUUCAACACUCCUUUGUCCCUUUUCUCCUUCAGAAAGUCCAACUUCGCAUUGUAGCCAUGGCAUUCGUUAUAGCAUCCGUAGUUUUCUUGUUGAUAGUAUCGACUAUUUUCGGGGCAUCCAUGGCUGCGGUACAUCAGUUUUCAACUACAACCCUCAAUUUCAUAAUGUUCUACGAGUGUCAGCUCAAGAUUAUGCGACAUGCACAUCCUCAGUACCACUUUCCAGCUUCAACAGUGGAAGCGAUUCAAUCCCGCUUCCGACUUUCGAAAAUUUUUACUUCAUCUGUAGCUUCCCAGGCAACUGCCAAGCUGGACAGAAAAUUUUUAUCAUGGUCCCAAGCAACCGUUCUACACCGGGCAGUACGUAACACUCCCCCAAUAGGCGGUGGCCAAAAUUUUCCAGGGCGUGAUCCUACAAAGACUAAUAGUGUGACUUGUCGUCUUUCCUCCAGCAAACUUGGACUUCUGAUUAUUCUGGGCUCGUCCCUGUUGGACUUCUACCUGCACUAA